AUGGGAAAACCAAAAAAUCAACCUCGUGUCAAAGGAAACGUUCAACCAGCUAGUAGCAGUCGAGCUGCUGAAAUUAUUGCAACAGGUGGAACCCAGGUUCCUACAGAAAAUUUAGGAGGAUUCGCUCAAUUCUUGGGUGGAACACCUUUUUCGACGUCAAAGUCUUUUUCACCUGAUACUUCAGCUGAUAAAACGACCGACGUCAACCUGGAUUCAACUUUAGUGCUUAUUUUUAGAAGAUUAUCCAAACGUGAUACAACUACAAAAUUGAAAGCUCUAGAAGAGUUUGAAGCAUAUUUAAAAGGAAAGGAAGAAAAUGAAAUUGAUCCAGCUAAUUUAACAAGUGUAUGGGCCAAGUUUUUUGUCAAACUAGCAAUUGACGUGGAUCGUCGAAUACGCUACGCAACAUUCUCUUGUCAUUUGUUAAUAGUAUCCAAAGUUAAAAAGCGGCUUGCAUCCAAUCUCAAAGAAAUAAUUGGUGUUUGGAUAAUAUCGUUAUUUGAUCAAUACAAGGACGUUGCUCGGAUAGCGACAGAAUCUUUUCAAACGCCUUUUCCUGCCGAAAAGCGAGUCGAAGUUCUAAUAUUCUGUCAGAUGGAAAUUUUAUCUUAUAUUUCGGACAUAAUAAUCCACAAAACGCCAGAAACAUUAAGUGAUCCUAGGUUUACAUCAAAAGAAGAUAUGAUUUCUAAAUAUGGGAGAGUUGUCGCUAGCUCAUAUUACUCUCUUGCGCACUUGAUAGAUUCAUUAUUAAAAGCUGUACAGCAGUAUGAUGAUUUAUUUAAUAAUCCCAAGACUUGGGUAAAUUUAACUAAUGGCAAUCCGCUUGUCCGUAAAUCAUGUUACAAUAUGAUAAAAGUUUUGACUAAUAAGUGGCCAAGUAAGAACUUUUGUACUUCAAUUAUACCUUCAGCGAUAUGUGCCAAAACAGUGUUGGAAAAGGUUGAAGAUCGUUUAGAUGUUUUGAGCACGACAUAUUUGAUGAAUAUAUUUAAUGAAAAGGAUAUCACUGUUUAUGGCGAUUUAUGGGAUUCUCUAUUAGUAUUCACUAAGAAUUUUCCCAAUUCUUGGCUACUUGCUAGCAAAAAAAAGCCAAUGCUCAAUAAAUUAUAUAAUUUCCUUCGAUCAGCAUGCUACGGGUCGACGUUGGUCUCGUACACGAGUAUCCUAGCGUUAAUUAGCCUUCUUCCACAGGAACUCAUAAUUAACGACCCAAAGUUUUAUGAUGAAUUCUUUUUAAAUUUUUGGAAAGGCUUGUCAAAUACGACAAUCGAUCGUUCUAAUUCCGGUGUAUUUUUACAAGCCUAUAGUGAAUGUUUAUUAUAUUUUAUAUGCAAAUUAGACAAGUCUGAAAAUGAAAAGCAGACGCGAGCUUAUUUACUUGAACAUAAAUUUUUUGAAUUAAUCAAAUUAUAUUUAACGGAUUUCAAGUCCUGUCAAAAAUUCCAAGUCCAGCAAAUGUGCUCAAUUCUUGCACAUAAUAUGAAUCAAUUGACUAUAAAAUUACAAGAGACAGACGCGACAGAUAUCCUGCAACAUAAAUUGCAGAAUCUUAUUGUCAAUGUGAUAAAUGAUGAUGCCAUUUUAAAUCCUGAUCCCAAGUUAGAAGAUAAUUUCAAAGAAUUUUGUCAAAGAUUGGUUGAUUUCUUUAUUGCUAUAUCUUCAACAGCUAAAACUGAUAAUAAACAAGAAAUCUCUAAUGCUAUUACGAAUAUGAUUUCCGUGUUAGUCGAAGAUGUUUUCUGUGUUUCAUUAUUAAAAUGCAAAGAAAAUAAUGGUCGUUCCGUUGGUCUAUGUCUUUUACUAUCAAAUUUGAGCCAAAAUUUCAUUAGCAUUCUUCUUGCCAGAACUGCAUCGAAAGAGGCACUUAAAAGCUUUCUUAGCAAUACAAUUUUUGAUAUUGCUAGAAAUGCAUCCAUGACUUGUUUGAAUUAUGUGCUUGAUUUAUUUGUUUUGUGUUUGACGUGCAGCGCAGAAUUACCAGAAGCUCAAUGCAAUUGGAAUAAACUCGUACAAUUCUUUCUUGAGAUCGAAACGUUUGAGUCGAAAAUAGAUAGUCUUUAUCUUCUGAUCUCUAAAGUUUUUGACAUAAACACUUCUGUCUCCUUUUUGGUUGAACAAUUAAAUGAAUAUUUGAUAAUUCUUAGCAAUCAGUUACUAUACCAACAUUUUGAAUCUAAUACAAGGACUAAAAUCGAAAAUCUCCUAUGCACUAUUUUUUUAUUUAAAGGCUCGUUAUUAACAUCCGAAACAAAGCUGAAAACUCUGAGUGACUUGACGAAAGCUAUCAUUAGUUGUGCAAAUUGGUACUACAUAGCUGAAGAUUCAGUCAUCUCCAAUGAAGUUGCAUUAUCGGUUUUACGUAUCUUCGAAAAACUAUUUAAAGAUGAAGAGUUCAUCAAAAUGUUUUUAUAUUCAGACCUGUUGCCAGUAUCAGGACAAAUUUUCGAGUUAACUUUUAUAAGCCCCCAUGAAGGUUUUAACACAGAUGUUAUAAAGAAUAUUCAGCAAUUAGCCCAGGAUUGCUGGGAUCGAAUUGCACUGGCAUCACGUUCUCAUCUUCGAGAGGAUGUCGUAAUAAACAACGUAUCGCGACAAAUAAAAUCAUCAUUGCUAAACAUUCAUUAUUCUGCAAGUCCUACAGAUUUCGCAUUACGUGUAAAGAAGCUAUGUUCGUUUUACGACAAUAAUGAUUUAAAAUCGCAGGAAAUCAUCGAAAUAUUUCAUAUAGAAAAUGAGAUUUGGCGCGAACUCAGUAAACUUUUCCUUUCUUCAAUUGACUCAUCUCUGAGCAUAGUCGAUCCAAUGUUACUGCCGUUAAAUAAUGAUCAACAAAACAGCCUGCAAAAAAAUAACCAAACAGCAGUUAUUGUUGCUUAUGAUUCAUAUGGUUUAAGUGUUUACGGGCGCUUGGGUUUAUUUUUGAUAGAACUUAUUCAUAAAAUUGGUGUAGAUUCCUUUUUUAUUGGGAAUCAUGAAAAGUUGUUAAAGAUGGGCACUAAAGAUGACACAUCAUAUUCAAAUUGUAAUCGAAUUAUAUUGGAAUUAUUACUUAUAUAUGUGUUAUGUACUGAUAUCCGUCGUUCUCGUAAAAGUGAUCACCAUUUAUGGGAUGCCUUUAAUGUAGAGGAAAGUGAUUAUCGCGGAUUCAAGGCAUUUCUGGAAGAUGUUCGUUUGAUUGUCAAAAAUUACGCUCUGCAAAUGUUCCAAAAUGAACAAUUAGAUAUUAAAUCCAUAUUAGACAACUUAAAUGCUACUACGAGUUCCCAUAAUAUUGUACAUACUGGCACAUCAGAAAUAUUUAGUGCAGCAAGUAUUUCCCUUAAUCAAGCUGAAGAAUUCUUAGAUGUGAUAAAAUUAGAAUCUAUGAAUUUGGUAACGAAGAUGGCAUUUAUUUUGUCAUUGAAAACUUUUCUUGGUGCUUCCACAAAAUAUAAAGAUUUUCAAAAUGAUAUGGCUGUAAAAUUGAUUGGUUUUGAUCCGAUGGAAAUAUUUAGCGAAAAAGGUUUAGAAAGCAAUAAUG